UUUCGUCCCGUAACAGCACAACCAGUAUCGGAAAGAGGUACGAAUUCUCGGAAAAUUCGAGGAAAAGAAAGAAGGGAAGAAGGGGGAAGAGAGAACGUCCAAACUGCAAAUUCUACGGCCAACAAAAGGCCUGAUAAUGCAGCUAAGAGGAUUUACCAAUGGUGUACCCAGUGUUGCGGAAAGAAAAAAACUAAGAUAGUCAGAGCGGGCAAAUCCAAGUCAAAUUUCUUUAAACGUUUGAAAGAAGAAUGUAAGAAGCGUAAGAAGAAAAAGAAAAAGACUACUUUUAGCGAAGAACGUAGUGUUUCACCGAUACGAUACGAAGAACGUCGCGUUUCUCCGGUACAACACGAAGACGUAGUUAGGGAAACCUCGAGAGAAGAGAAGGACGAAAGAUACGACGAAUCGAAAGGUGCGAAGGAAGUCAGGAAGAGGAAGAAGAAGAGAAAGAAAGAUGUUUCUGAACCACCUGUUCGUGUGUUUCAAACGGAUCAGGAAGAGAAAGUAAUCGAUGAUCGUGCUUCCGAGUUAGGGAUAGAUUUCACCAAAAGCUGUUGUUAUCUAUGCGCUCAAAACACAAUGGCGAUCGCGGCAGCAAUGUCUAAGAUAGGAAAGUUCCAUAUGUCCAUACAAGCUUCUACCAAAGAAACGUUAACCUGUGACAAAAGUUGUAGCCCAACUAUGCAUGUUAGAACCGUACAGUCAUCCGUUAAGGUAAAAAUGCGCGAUAUGGGUACUCUGCACCCUGAUAAAAAAAAGAGCAAAAGGUCAAGGCCGAAGUUAAAGCUCAAAAAGAAGCUUAAUAUUCUUCCAAGAUUAAAAUUUCCCGCGUAUCCAAAAGUACGAACCGUCGCUUGCGGAACAGAUAAAUCGAUGAAACAUAAUAAUAUACCACAAUGUAGAACAAAGCGUGGGGCCAACUGCGUAACCGACGCUAAUCUAACGUAAAAUGAUUAAAAAAGAAAAAAAAAAAAAAAAUCGAUGACAAACGAAGAAACCUUUUAUUUGAUAAAAAGAUAUUCAGUUUCACACGUCCGUACGGCUGAAGAUUUGAAACUUCGUUUGUCGACAAAGUUUCUUAUAAAGCACCUAAGAAAAGUCCUUUCUUCGUUCGAUUUAAGGAAGACCUACAUACAUACGUUCCUACGCACGUAGCAUUAGGUAUCUUACCUAAUACUAUUUAUAACUUAAACACAGCCGUGUCUAAUUCUUCUUUCUCGCAUAUAUUUUAUAAUACUAUAUAAAUAAAUUAGUUUGAUUCUCGGGAAAUGUUUUUAUUCUGGAUAGCUUAAUCUUCGUGUUUUCCCUCG